CCAGACUGGGGGGUUGGUGGCUCCUGCUCUCUUCCUGGCCCUUUUCGGGGGUCCUGCCAGAAGACCACCUCUUUCUCUUCCCUUUGGCGACAGGGUCUCCUGACAGCCGAUUGACCGAGCCGCUGACCAACACAGACAGGGCUGGGCUGAUGGAGACGUGCUGAGCCCAGGCCCCCCAGAGCAAGAUGGUGCUGGACUCCGGGUCUCCGUCCUUUCGCCCGCCUCUGCCAGGCCUGGGGGUCUUUGGCCCAGGCCUGCCUCGGGGGAAGGGUACCCAGAAGGCGGACCCCACUGCUUCCCCCCUUCCAUAUGACGGCUUCCACCGCCGGCGGCUUCACCCCUUCCUUUCGCCUUCCCUCUCUCUGGACUCGGACUCUUCUGGUGCAGCUGCUGGGGCCCGGACCAAAGCGGCACCUUCCAAGGCCAAGGCCCCUCCAGGGAGUGGGCCCCCAAGUGCAGGGGCCCCAGUGGCCCGCAGCCUCCCAUCCGUCCGGACUGCCCCCUGCACCUGGAUGCGCCGCAGCGAGAGCAUCAGUGCUGUGAACCGUAGGGGCCGGGGCCAGGGCCAGAUCCGCAGCGCCAGCUCCCUCCCGCACAUCCCCAGGGCCAAGGCAGCAGGGGGCAGGAGGAGCCCAUGCCUGCUGGUGGCCCUGCGGCCGGCCAACGUCGAGGAGGAGAAGGCCACCUUCUUCCGGUCCUCCUUCACCUACAACCCCCAGUUUGAAUAUGAGGAGCCGCUCCCCGAAGCCGUGCUGGAAAAAUACAAAGAGGCCUCAGGACAGUUCAUCCCGCAGGCUCUGGGGAUCAUCAAUGCUGUCCUGGAGAAAUACGGCACUUACGAAAAUUUUGAGGCGUCCAAUGGGGGGAAACUCCUCAGCAAGUGCCAGAUCUGGUCCAUCGUUCGGAAGUACUUGCAGAAGGAAGGCUGCUCUGGAGAGGUGGUGGUGCAGCUCACAGAGGACCUCCUUUCCCAAGCGGUGAUGAUGGUGGAGAACAGCCGCCCCACUUUAGCCAUUAACCUCUCAGGGGCUAGACAGAACUGGCUGGAAGGGAUGCUGCGCCAUGAAAUAGGCACUCACUACAUCCGGGGGGUCAACAACGCCCACCAGCCCUGGCACAGCCCCGAGGGCCGCCAGCAACUUGGACUGCAGGCUGCCAACCCCACGGAGGAGGGCCUUGCCAGCCUCCACAGUGUCCUCUUCCGCAAGCAGCCCUUCCUCUGGCGAGCUGCCCUCCUCUACCACACCGUCUACCAGGCCAGCCGACUCUCCUUUGCUGACCUCUUCCGCCAGCUGGAGCCCUUUGUGAAGGACCCUGAUGUGCGCUGGGAGUACUGCGUCCGGGCCAAGCGGGGCCAGGCCAAUACCGCGCGGCCUGGCUGCUUCAGCAAAGACCAGGUGUACCUGGAUGGGAUUCUCCGGAUCCUGAGGCAUCGGCAAACCAUUGACUUUCACUCCUUGGCUGCUCUGGGAAAGGUGUCCUAUGAAGAUGUGGAACGCCUGAAAAAGGAGGGGGUGCUGGAGAAGGCCCGGAUCCCCCACUUCAUGCAGGACUUGGGGCGCUACAUGCAGCAGCUAGACCACAUUGUCACCACCAAUUGUCUGGACGAUGAGGAGCUGGAACAGCUGCUGCCAGACUGAGCUGGUUGGGCUGCCUUUGACCCUACAUGGGGCUGAUUACCCCAAGAUAUGGGGCAGGGGGUUGCUGCUGGAAAGAGUGCAAGAGCAGCUCCCAGCUGUGCUAUUUAUUCUGUAUUUACUGGGUGCUUCUGGUCAUUUGGAAUCUAGCCCAGAACUGGUCUGGAUUGCCACUUUCUUGCCCUGGGCUUCCAUCAGACGGGCAGCUCAGAGAUUUCAGAGCGGAUGAUAGAUGAAGUCUUUGAGUGGAAGGGAAGCCUGGGAUGUUUAACCAUCCAAAGUUCUUCAUUUGUGUUGGGGGGAGGGACUGGGGAGCAUGCAGAGUCUCCUGGGGGGUGGGAGGAGGAAGGGAAAGGCCACCUUCUCCAGCCCCAUGGCUAGGAAAGCUCUCCUUUGACAAGCAGCAAAUCCAAGCUUAGUGUGGCCAUUCUUAGGGAGGUGGGGGUGCAGCUGAGGGACUCCUGGCCCCAACAUCCUCCCUGGUUUUGACCCCAGCACACACAUAUACAGACAUAUACAGACACUGCCCUAACUGCCGGCCUGCCUGCCUGAAGUCUUCCUUCCCUCCGCCAGAGUCCCUUCUGGGGGUGAGGCCAUUGCCUUAUUAAGACUAGUGGUGGAGAUGAUAACUCCUUGCAGGCCCACAGUUGCUGUUCUCUUCCACAGUGUGGCACAGGGCAGAUGGUAGAUUCAGAGUCAGAAGAGACCGCAAGGGCCGUCUACCCCAGCCCCAUUGUGCCAUGCAGGAAUUCACAGGCAAAGCACUCCCAAAAGAGGGCAUGAGCCAUUUCUUUCUUUCUUUGGAGUAUUUAUGUCCCGCUCUUUAUCCAGAAAUGCUCUCAGAGCGGCUUACCAUUUUAAAAUUAAGACAGUUCCUUGCCCUUAAGCUAAAAAGACAUGAGGCAAAAGGAGAAGGGAAUGGUGGUGGGGAAGGGAUCAAGUUCAGUGGUGGUUCCCUCCUUCUGGGCCCAGGGCCAUGGCAGAUGGACUGGAGGGAAGGUUAGGGCCAAGCGCUCUUUAAAGAACUCCAGAGGACAGUCCACCACCUUCAGAGGCAAUCUGUCCCCCUUGAACAGCAAGCAGAUAAGUAGAAUCGGAAGCAGUGCUAUGGAGAAUUGUAUAGAUUUUGUUGAAAGAGUGAGGCAAGAGAAAAAGAAUGGUCCCAGUGGGGUAGAAAUGCUGCUUCCGGAGGGCUUCACAAUUCUGUGGGUUCCUCCUCUUGUAUGUCUAUUGGGGGGGUGUGCCUUUGGUGAGUUUGCAGUGAGCCCUAUUCCUCCUCCUGGGGAUCAGUGGUUAGACAAUGCAUCCAAGGGGUAGGGAGCGGGGAAAGGAAAACAGCAACAGGCGAUUGCAUAUGUGCAAGAUUCUGAUGUAUUUGAAUGGGGCUAGUAAUACCACAAUGAAAGGACCUGUCUGUUCUUCAACAUUAUUUUUAGACGGGCAAAAGGAUGCGACAGCCCGUUAAGUUAAGGAAUUCCAUGCUCCAGCAUGGGAUGAAAGCAACUUGGUCUCCCUGCCCCAUUUUGUACAAGGGCUUAGAAAAGGUGGCAUGGAGGCUUUUGCCCAGUCCAGCUUUCUUUGCUGGCAAUCAAUAGGCGAAGCAGAGGCUUCAUCCCAAUGCCUCACCUGUCUCUUUCCUAGAGGAAGGUGCUGCCCAUUGCAGACUAUGCACCCUCCCUUUCCCCCUGCAUUAAGGAAGGAGCCCUGUAUGUUUCAAAGAAGGAGUUCUGCCAGCAGCAGCCUGGUCUCUGUGCUUACUUGUGGUGUCAGGCAUGUUUCGCCAGCUUAAGUGCUUGGUUUAGAAUCGGAUUUGCUUCUAAUGAGGUAAGAAGGACCUUGGAAGGGCAGCGGGCGCUUGAGGGCAGAGACAGGCCCAUUAGCCAGAGACCCAUAAGUGAAGUGUCCAUCUGAGGUGCUGGGGUGGGCAGAGAUGCCAGCAGCUGAAGGGGGGCAACAACCAGUUUUGAAGCAGAGGAGAAAAUUGUGAAAUCCUGGCGGUGCUUCCAAACAUGCAGCAAGGGGAGGUGAUGCUGGCUGAAGCAAGUGGGGCUGAGCCAUCAGACCCCUGGGUUGUUUGGCAGGGGGAGAGGAUGCCAGACCCCUUUCAAGUGCCAUGAUUCUGGCACACUUGGGCAGGCAUUGGGGGCAUAUUUUCCCACCCUCUUUCCUGCCACUGAGGCAAAGAGACAGGCAGAAACGUUUACCGCUGUGUUCAAAGCCCUCCUUGAGCCCUACAUAAACGUGUGUGGGUGGGUGUGUUGUGUGCAAGUGGCUUGGCUAGCCAUGGGCAGAGGAUAGCUUCCAGCUGCCCACCUCCAGUCUCUUGUCUCUGCUGGCUUCCCACAAGUCCUAAAUCCCAGUCUCCCGCUGCCCACGGGUAACUUUGCAAUGGGCCUGUGUUGCUUGCUGAAUUCCCUGUUUUAAAGGCAAGAAGUGUUAAAUCCCUCCCUUCGCUCCCAAGUGGGACUCAGAUCUGUGGUUGUUUCUCAGUGGUGGAAAUUGUAAUGGCUCUUGAGCCCUGUAUAGCAAGCAGAUUAUGAAGCUCUGUCAAUGCUGAAAUCUGAUUCUGAAGUUAUUUCCAAACAUCACUAGUGCAAAUAUUAAAAGGAGAUUAUAAUUUA